AUGUCAGAAGUACGGCCCAGAAAAGGAGCCCAGUCCAAGGCUGCAGAGCAGCCCGGGAAAAAACUCAGCAAAGAGGAGAUCAAUGCGAAAGUCGGCAAUGUGCAGCUCAUGGGGACGGUAAGACUGGGCUUAUCGUGCCUUGGUCUUCUAGCUGUGCUGUGGUUUAGCUACAAAACUUUGACGCCCAUGCUUCAGUCGAAGCCUGUCGCCCAAUCCCAGACACGGCUGACUGGCACCCAGUACGGUUCAAUCAAAACAUCCGACGUCCCGAAACUGAAAGCUGGCGGCAAGCUCGAAGCUGACGUGCAGAAGAGGGAGGCUAUCAAAGAAGCGUUUGAGUGGAGCUGGCAUCCGUAUGAAAGACACGCUUGGGGAGCUGACGAGUACCAACCCCUGUCUCAAACCGGCUCAAACUUGACAGAGUCAGGAGGAGUAGGAUAUACAAUUGUCGACUCUCUCGACUCGCUUCUUCUGAUGGACCUCAUUCCCGAAUACCAGCGAGCCAGGGACUGGGUUCGUGACAACCUCCAUUUCGAUCGCGAUUCACAAUUCAACACUUUCGAGACCACUAUCCGGGUCCUUGGUGGGCUUCUUUCUGCCCACUACAUGUCGUCUACCCACGCAUCGCCCGAAAUUCAGGCCGACGCGUCUCUUUACCUCGACCUCGCAACAGACCUCGGCGAGCGUCUUCUCGGCGCCUUCUCUUCUCCAUCCGGUAUCCCUUGGUCUGGCAUCAACCUCGCCACCCGAGUUGGUAUUCCUGACAAGGAUAAUCAAGGUGUCGCUAGCUUGGCCGAGGCGGCUAGUUUGCAGUUGGAGCUCAAAUACUUGAGCCACCUCACUGGAGACUAUAUCUUCUGGAAGAAGGCCGAAAAGGUCACAGAAGUCAUUAGAAACCAGGCUAUCUUUGAUGGUAUCGCCCCAAUCUUUAUCAACCCAGUGAACGGUCAAUUCGUGGCAUCUGAGAUCCGAUUGGGCUCGCGUGGUGACUCUUACUACGAGUAUCUACUCAAGCAGUGGCUCCAGACCAACCGACAAGAGCCCGUCUACCGCGACAUGUACGACGAAGCCAUGGGCGGUAUCAGGAAACAUCUCAUCGGCAAGACCAAAAAGUCCAAUUUGAUCUUUACUCAAGAACUGCACCCCGCGCGUCACCCCAGAGAUCAAACGCAAAGCUGGCAAGUUGUGCCCAAGCAAGACCACCUUGUAUGCUUCCUGGGUGGAUCGUUCUUGCUCGGCGUGACGGAUGGUGGAAAGAAGGAGGUUGACUGGGAAAAGCUGGACAAGAGGGAUGAAGAGGACUUCCUGAUUGGACAGGGGAUUGUUGAGAGUUGUAUGAAAACCCACGAGACCGCCACUGGUCUGGCCCCCGAAAUUGCCAUGUUUGUACAAUGGAGUGACGACCGGGCUUCCGACCUUGAUUGGUAUAUCAAGCCGAACCAGAAUGGCGUUCUGAUUGACGGCCGCAACAUUCUCCGCCCGGAGACUGUUGAAUCCCUCUUCCUUGCUUACCGAGUCACUGGUGACCAAAAGUACCGUGAUUGGGGAUGGAAGGUCUUCCAGGCGUUCAACAAGUGGUGCCGUGUCGAGAAAGGAGGCUACGCUGGUAUCGAGGAUGUUCAGGCUAUGCCGCCCAAGCAGCUGGACAGGAUGGAAACGUUUUGGCUCGGAGAGACUCUUAAAUAUCUCUACUUGCUCUUUGACGACUCGGACCACAUCUCCCUUGACAAAAACAUCUUCAACACUGAAGCCCAUAUCCUUCCCGUCUUCGACUCCGAGUACUUCUCGCCUUUCUCCCAGUCAUAA